AAGUGUGUUUUGUUUAGUGUACCUUAUAGUCUUAAGGUAUGUGGGCGCUAGCAUAACAAAAGUCGUAUUUUAUUGGCCUAAAAUGCAGACUCAGUUUACAAGUUAAUUUAAAAUCUACUCGUCUGUCAUUGAAUGCUCAUUUGAAUUCAGAUUCCGAUUGAAUCAGAAGUAUCGGUGACAAUGAUAUAUGUUUCAUUAAAUACAAAAGGAAUUACAUGCAAGUGCUCGCAGUGAUUUUCACAAUUGAUCUGACUUCGUCUGAUGAUAUUUCACUGUAACUUUCUGUAAGAAUCCGUUUAGUUUCUCAUAUCGGCUACUAUAACUUGAGGCAGAAUGAUUUCGCAUCGGUCCUUCGUGUCUCCUAAGGUGAAUGAGUGAGGUGUCGACAUUGGAUGUAAAGCAGACGUUUAUGUGAACUAUUGCAUUUCACUUUCAUCUGGAUUAACUGAAGUCAUAACAUCCUUUUGAUGCUCUAUUCGCUGGAUUUAUUUGAUACAUGAAAACGCAAUUUGUUCCGUGCAGGAUGAUACUGCUAAUGCAGAUGAAAGGAAAUCGUUUUCGAUUCCCAUUUGAAUGAUAAUGGAGUAUUGAAAUUCGAAUUCAUCGAGAGCAUAAUAUUUACAUUUUCGAGUAACUCGUUGGAAUCGCUAAUUCAUUAUGUCGAUCAAACACGAUGCGAGUCAUGAUAUAGUCGCUAAACGACUGUAUGAGGAGGGCAUGCGAAAAUACCUUGCGGAAAAAGCUACCUGGUCAUCCAGAGCUACCUGCUAAACCCUAUCCCACCUUUUGGUGGAAGGAUAUACCAGUCAAUGAAGAUGUUUUCCCGAAAUCGAAACCGCAAGAAGAAGGACAUGAACCAUAGCAGCGAGGCUAACAGGGACGUGCUGAACAACUCCAAGCUGUCCCAUCACCCAGAGAUACUGGCGAUGGGGGAGCUGCCCCCUAACAGCAACGCUGGAUCCCUUAACCAGCAGAACGACGCCAUCUCUAAGUACAUCCUCGCCUUGGCUGAGAAGCACAAAACGGCCAAAAAGGAACCACAGACGUGGCGGACAUUUCUUCAUAACUUUGCCAAAAAUUCCACAUUUCAUGGCGUCCGGCAUGUUUUUGAUAGUUCAUCCUUUCUAGCAAGAAGAAUCCUGUGGGGUCUUCUCAUCCUAGUAUCAAUGGGCUUCCUCCUCAAUCAGGUCAUUGACCGCAUUCUUUAUUUUUCCCGAAAUCCUGUCACUGUGAAAGUCGAGGUGAACUUUAACAAGACGCUGAGAUUUCCCGCCGUCCUGCUUUGCAACCAGAAUUCCUUCAAGAUAACCGAAGCGGUUAGGCUAGGCUAUAAGUCCAUGUUAGAUGACCUGUACUCUAAAGAUGAAGUUGACCGCCCAGAAGUGUUAAAGAAACACAACUUCUCUCACGUCCAACUUGAUGAAUUGUUUCUUUCUACUGCACACAAGAAAGAAGACAUGAUAGUUAGUUGUAGUUGGAAAUAUAGAAAUUGCGAUGAACCCCUUAAUUGUAGUUGGAAUGAUAAAAAUUGUAGCCAUAUGAAUUUUACUCAGGUUCUGACGGAUCACGGUGUGUGUUAUGUGUUUAAUGGGAAAGGUCAGAAGACGUUGUUUGUGUCCGAGUCAGGGGCAAGCUCUGCUCUCCGCGUUGUCCUAAACGUAGAGCAAUAUGAAAAUAUGAUAGGUCCCUACGAUGGUGCCGGGGUGAAGAUCCUGCUGUACGAUCGGAGAGACAUCCCGAGUAUAGAGGACCACGGUCAGGGCAUUGCCACUGGGACCCAUACAUACGUUGGCACGCAAGUGGUCAUGGUAAGGAAGGAAUGUUGUCAGUUCGAAGAAUCGAGUGCAAUGAAACGAUUACCGCCUCCAACGGGCAACUGCACGGAGAAUACCAGGAAGCUGGACUAUUAUUCGUAUUACUCCGAGCAUGCAUGUGAUGUGAUAUGUUGGACGAAAUUUUACGCCAAGCAGUGCCAUUGUAUUCUUCCGCAUAUGCCGCAAAUAGAGGACUUCCCAAAAUGCACUUUAGAACAAUAUUUUAGUUGUGGCACCACAGCCAAAAGGCGGAUGUUUGAAGAGAGUUUUAACAAAGAUCGAGAGUGCAACUGCAAGUCAAGCUGUGACAGUGUGAUUUACCAGCCAAACUUUUCCUACUUAAGCACGUCCAAUUUUGAUAUCGAGAAAAUUUUUAAGUUCGUGAAUACGGAGAAGUUACUACGGCGCUUCAUAGGGGCCAGGGACUCAUCCAGCGCUACAGAGUCGGAUAUAUUCGAAGUGGACAAAACUAUUCUCGAAAGGUUAUCCGAAAAUGCGGAUAAGAUCAGCCAUCUUCUAAAAGUAGAAAUACCGAAUAACUUAAAUGCGACAGAAAAUGAAAUGGAGGCGGCUAGGACAUCGCUGUCUAAUAUUUACACUAAGAUUCUCUACAGUUAUGAAUUUCAGCAUUAUGUUGUAAGGAAAAAUUUCUAUCGAUUUGUUGUUGCGCAGAAUGAGAGAAUGUGGUCGGAUGUUUCGCAGAGUUACGGUACGUUCUUCUUCAAGUUGAGGCGGUCGGCUCAAAUUCUUAGAAAUAUGGAGGAUAAUGAGGAAAAUGCGGCCAAGCGUUUUGCAGUUCACAACCAGGCGUUAGCGGAGAUAGAGGCGAAGCGUUAUAUGACACAAGCUAGCUUAAAAAUGGCAAGACGAUGUUAUAAAUCGUAUUUGUUGGGUCGACCAGGCUUUCGUUACCCAUAUAUGGGAGUCUUAAACGAGUCGGUCAAUGAUAUGAUCGUACCUCGAGCUCUUUUGAAGGCGGCCCUGGAUAGGUGGAGCUCUGAAGAUGACCCCAUUAAGGAAUUUUCGGAUAAUCUUGUCAAUUUGACAGCAGUCUAUGACUCAUCAGCAGCACUUCUUGGCAGUUUAUAUAAUAAUACUGGCAAUGAAACGCAACUAGAGUUAUAUAGGAAGAUUUUAGGUUUGUGGCCACCGUUCGGAAAUUGUAUGAGGGCACACAACGGGCUACGUAGUCACCUGUUAGACGAUGUGUACAUUUAUCCUGUGCAGGAAAUGGAAAAGCGAUUAGAAAAUCUCAAGACUGUCUAUUCGCGCCUUAGCGAUGUGCUGAUCAGUACAACUCAGCACGUUGAGACAAUGCACAAAUCACUCCAGCGCAUCAAAGGCAGUGUUUGGGGCAACAUCAGCGCAGUAUUUGAAAAAACUAGAAACUACUGCAAGCAUAAAACGCCGGGUAAAACUGAACUUUCCAAGAUAGUGGCUUCGUCCCGAACUCGAGACAAUACAAAGUUUAUAAAAGCAUUUUUCGAGGAUACUGGGUCUAGGUGUCGGCAGAUAUAUGACAAUUGGCAAAAAUUAUCGACUUUGGAGGAUGAUCUUUUUACCUUAGUGCGAUCUGAUGAUGAUAUGUUGACGUUUCGGAAGUUCUACAUUCCGGAGUUGGCUGGCAAUGAUACGACUUUUAGUGCAAUAGGGAGUAGGGUAAAAGAAGCCAUGGCGAAUGUGCUUAAAUUCAGGCAGCUGGCGGAAAGCGGUGAUUCUGAAUUUCAGGAAUCGUUUCGAGUGCUUUGGACGCACUUUACGAACUAUCUUGCAAGAAAUGAAAUCAAUGCACAAUUUUAUGAAGAAAACUUCCUGACUAUGGACAUCUUCUUCCGAGAAUUAAGCUACGAGAUGAUUGAACAACAAGAGGCCUAUAAUCUCAUUGCCUUACUCAGUGAUAUAGGAGGGUCCAUGGGCCUCUUCGUUGGCGCCAGUAUUCUUAGCAUUUAUGAGAUUUUUGAUGUCUUCAUCUUUUCCUUUGUCUUCAAGAAGAAAAACACGAAGAAAAAGUCGCACAUCGGCACACCAGAGGGCGUCUCAUUGUAAUCAUGGAUGUAGUCCAAUGAACAGCGUUUGAAACGUUGUAACAUGUGAUAGUUUCAUGAUGAUACAGUGUGUACUUAACUGGACGGGUUUUAUUAGGAACGCUGUCUCACAAUUCUCAAACGUGCUGCUGACAAUCUAAUGGACCAUGAAAGAGAUAACCUAGAAAAGGCUGGAUAAUGGUCAACUCCAUUCAGUUAGGUACAUGCUGUAUGAAACUGAUUUAAGGCUCAGUCACACAUUAGCAUUUUACGUCUCGAUUGAUAGACUAGCAACCGGGCAACGUUGAACUCACUGCCCGUGUAUAUCUUGCGUAAAACCGUAAAACAUGGCGUGAAACGCUUAUGUGCAGAUAGGUCCUUAGUGUUGUAUUUGAGAAGCUGUUAGUUCAGAAGGAGUUGUUCUUUUACACGCGGAUCCGCCAGUUUUAUUUUUGGUUCCAAGGCGAAAAGUGCGCAGCACAAUGUAUGCAGUUUAAUACAUAAUUGAGUUUAAAGAAGUUUUAGGCGCUACAGGGCUGCUGACGUUUACUGUUCAUGAUUCAAUGUCGUGGUUGAAAAUCAAAUAAAUGGAACCUGCUCCAAUAUGUUCCAUCAGGUCGAAAGACUCUGGUUCUAUUAAGAGAGAAUUGGCUUACUGAAUGUACUGGUGUUACACUUUCCAGGCUGACUGGUCUUCGCCAGGUUGACUGGAAGUGUUGAUGAGCUUGGUUAAUUUCACCAGUCCUUAGCGGUGUCUCAUUAUUGUACAGUUUAUAUCCAUACAGAAUGUAUAGAGUGUUACACCAUACUUGUAGUCAUUCAUGUUAACACAUGCGUAGAGAUUAUUUGCAUCUAUCAAAGAAUCGAAGCAUUUUCAACACAUAAUGUAUACUGCUGGAUCAUUUGACGUCAUAAUGCUGGCAACGACCCCCCCCCCCCCCCCCCCCACACACACACACUGCACAUCAGAACGUUGAGGUUACAAUAAUAAUAAAGUUAAAUUUAUAAAGCGCUGUUUCCAUUUGAAAAUGUUCGAAAGCGCUCCCCACUAUAGUUGACAGUCAUUAGAAAUGUUUUCUGAAAAGCUCAGUUUUUAGAGCCUUCCUGAACUUGUUCAGAGUGUUCUCCUGGCGUAGGCCUUGGCCGAGAGAGUUCCAAGCCAAUGCGUCUCCACCAGCUGUUCGCAAGGUUUCAAGGGAGACGCUAGGCAGAUUUCGCGUUCAAGUUUUCCACUUCGAAAUUCUCGAAGCCUUCCCAAUCGGACGUAAUAGGGCCCAUAUAGUUGUACCCGAUACGAGUUUUAAACGCCAGCCGAGAGAUUACAACACUUUCCCACGACAGGUAGAUUUUGUUUGUAAAUAUAUUUUCAUCAUUUUCAUUCUGAACAUGCAAACGUUCACUGUUCCAUUUUUCAAAUAAUGUAUUCUUUUACAAGAUGUACGAAACAAAAUGACAUGUAUUUGUAAAUGGAUGGAUUAGAUAUACUGCAGUAUUUCACCUUAACUUGAGCCAAGGCAACUGUGCAAAUUGUAGAAAAUGCACUGUUGUCUUGGGUCUAGUUGAUGUGAAGAAACUAUGCCAGAAGUUUAGAAAAUGUAAAGCUGUAAAACCUGUAGACUCUAUCUGCAAACCACGCUCUUGGUCAGUGGCUGAUGUGGACUGCCCCCCUCCCCCACGUAAUCCUCAUGUAUAUCAUUUAUAGUUAAGCUAGUUAAGAUAUGCACUAAACGACAAAAGUAUUAGUGACCAGUUUCUGAUCUAAGCCCUGCACAUGCCCGUUUUUGGCAACAACCGAAGCGGGCUUUUAUUCGCCGAUAUGCAAAACUGGCAGAUUGUUCCCCUUCCCCUCUUCCGAUGGCAAUUCAUGGCAUAUUCCAUUCAUGUCCAUUGCAUUGUACCAUUAUGGAUGUUUUCGUAGUCACAGGAAGUCCAAUUCAUUGCAACAUUAACUCCAUCUCCGAUUCAUCGUCGUUAUCAUCAUCAUAGUCACCGUCACCAUAUCAUCAUUUGUCAUCUUCUUUUCCAUCUACAUCUACUCACAAUCAUCAACAACCUCUUCAUUCACAACUCACAAACCACUACUCACAAUCAUCAACAACCUCUUCAUUCACAACUCACAAACCACUGCUCACAAUCAUCAACAACCUCUUCAUUCACAACUCACAAACCACUGCUCACAAUCAUCAACAGCCUCUUCAUUCACAACUCACAAACCACUGCUCACAAUCAUCAACAGCCUCUUCAUUCACAACUCACAAACCACUGCUCACAAUCAUCAACAACCUCUUCAUUCACAACUCACAAACCACUACUCACAAUCAUCAACAACCUCUUCAUUCACAACUCACAAACCACUGCUCACAAUCAUCAACAACCUCUUCAUUCACAACUCACAAACCACUGCUCACAAUCAUCAACAGCCUCUUCAUUCACAACUCACAAACCACUGCUCACAAUCAUCAACAACCUCUUCAUUCACAACUCACAAACCACUGCUCACAAUCAUCAACAGCCUCUUCAUUCACAACUCACAAACCACUGCUCACAAUCAUCAACAGCCUCUUCAUUCACAACUCACAAACCACUGCUCACAAUCAUCAACAACCUCUUCAUUCACAACUCACAAACCACUGCUCACAAUCAUCAACAACCUCUUCAUUCACAACUCACAAACCACUACUCACAAUCAUCAACAACCUCUUCAUUCACAACUCACAAUCCACUGCUCACAAUCAUCAACAACCUCUUCAUUCACAACUCACAAACCAUGGUAUAGAUCAAAACAUACACAAACCAUCGUCAUGUUCUUCACUGUCAUCGAACACUUCUUCUGAUCCUAAAACACCAUCGUACAUCUUCUAACCAUAAGUUGGCCUCUUUCAUUUGUAUUUGACCACCAUAACAAGACACCUUGCCUUAUCUUUCAAGGCAAUAAUCAUUGCUCCACUAUUAGCCGACAUCGCAACACUCUUCUUUCAACAUCAUCACAAUGAUCAUCAUCAACAUUUCAUCAUCGUCAUCAUUAUCAAUGCACAUGAUCAUGGACUCAUACGACACUCAUAACUGUUUCACACCAGUAACUCGAAAACACCGAAAAAGAUCGAACCAUCAACUUUCAAAACAUUUUAGAUCCUCGGAAGUUCGUCGUCCUGUUUACAUUUUGCCUCAACUCAUUUUGUUUUAUUUAUAAGCAAUCUGCAUUGUUAUUUUCAUGAUCAUCACCUUUACCGUCUACACCUCCCUUAUCUUUAUCAUGAUCAUCAAUGCGGAUGUCACCGGCAUCAUCAUUUUCUGAACACCAUUGCAGUUUAUCAUGCUUAUUUUCAUCAAAUCUUGCACUAUGUGACUACUAUCUAUACAUUCCAACACCCACUAUCUUUAUCCUCAUUGUCUAGUUUGAAUUCAUCAAUAUCAUAGUCUUGACCAUGAUCACUACAUGCUCAUCUUCAUGUUCAUAGCCCUGGUCAUUUUAGUUCUGCUCAACCGCAAAAUGUUCAAAGUUGUUUUAGAAAUCGCAGAGGCGGGAGGUGUCACUGGUUUAACGUUCUGGUAUCCAGAACCGAACAGGGAGGAUUGAGGAAGGGUUUGAAAGAAGAAUCUCUAUGUCCUCAUAAUCUAUUUGUCAUCAACAUCAUCGUCAUCUUGACCGUCAUCAUCAUCAUCUCAACAACAUUCACUAUCACCGUCACAUCAUCUUCAUUCACGACUAUUCACGCUAUUUCUAGCCAGUCGUGGAGGAGGGGGGGGGGGGGGUCCAGUUGUAUCGUAUUCUGACGGGUUAUGGUAGACCACCACCGAGAUUAUAAGCACAUAACAGACGCUUUGGUUCUCCGGACAUUCUCCCCUAGGUCAUUUCAAAGUUUUACAUCGCCGUAGAUCCGGCAUGCUUUAAAGGGCCCAGCAUACUACUUGAUUUAUCAAUGAAACCUUAUCACGCUUCAUGAUGGCCAUACCGUUCAACCGCCACAUAAUCACUUGUUGGGCGAUUCCUUUAACGGUAGGACACGAGCCAAUGACCGAGUGCGGUGUCUUUUGUAUUAGCUAUCUAUUAAAUCCAUCAACUAUUGCUGAUACCAAUGGAAGAAAUACUAGAUUUCAUAGUAA